AUGCGUCUUACCCACAACACAUCGUACAUAUCGUUGUCAGCACUGGAGAACCAGCCUUCUGGAUCAUCGGCUGUGAUCUAUCCACCAUUGAGAUCCCAACUAAGGCCUGAGGCUCCACCACUGGAAGAACAACUUCAGAAUGUCAGUGUCAGCGAUUACAACGAUUACAACGACUUCGCUAGUCUUGGCAUCACAGCGGUGAACAGCAAUCCGUGGUAUCCCAUAGGUACUAAAACGCAGUCAAUGUCGUUCAGCACGGCGUCGACGAACGGAUUCACAGGCUCAGACACCUCAUCGGCACCGAUGUCACCUAUCUCGUCACCUGGACUGAAGAAGAAUGGACUUCAUGUUAAUAAUAAUGGAUAUCAUCAGCAGACGACGCAGAAGACAUUCUAUAAAAAUCCAGCACAUCCUAACAACUUCCGGAAUAAUAAUCGUGUCAAUGGGACAGGAGGGCAACAGCACCAUGGAUUCCAGCCGCACUAUCAGAACACCUGCAAGCCGAAUGGAUUUAACAAUGGUGUGCACUGCCAACAGAAUACCGUAACAUCACCCGUCGGGAAGACGCUUCGGGAUGAGCACAAACCAGGCAUGAGAGAUCUUGGAUACUGGCUGAAAAAAUUGCGACUCCACAAGUAUGCUCCACUGUUCCAAGACAUGACCUACCGACAACUUCUCAAUUUGAACAAUGCCGUGUUGGAGAAGAUGAGAGUGACGAAUGGAGCACGCAAGAAGAUUGCUCAAUCAAUCGAGAAGCUUCACGAACGACCGGGUCUUCUGAAAUCGAUUGAGCAGAAGUUGAAGAAUGGAAAUCAAUGUAUAAGAUGUGCAAUUUGCUCUAUCCGUCAACUUCUUUGGAGUCCAUUCAUCAAGUACGAUGGUGGCAACCGUAAGACUUCUCCUGAAAUCAUCGAUGGAUUCAAUGUGCCGAGCCAAAUGAUCUCUGACGAGAAUCUCCCUGCACUAAUCUUCCGUUGCGUUGAGAUCCUCCACAAUUUGGUUUUCCCACUCCGCCAAGGAGGUCUUGACUUGGAAGAUGAAUACCAGCUGACAAUGUUCCACAUGUACGAGAGUGUCAUGAAAAACGAGGCUUUCACCCAGAACCAACAACGACGUGCAUUCUGUAUGAAGAAAACCGCAAGACUCUACGCGAAUCCUGAGGAAAUCCGUCGUCAUAGAAUGGGAAUGGUUUCGAGUUCCCAAUGUGAAGGAUGCCACCACGCUGAAGUCGUCACUCGCGAGAGACUUAUGGAGUUCCAAGAUCGUCAAUUCAGACAAGCCCGUGGUGACUUCGUCGGCCUUCCGACCCUCUCUUCCUGCACUGCUGUUCUGGAUAUGGUAUCUCAGAAUCCACUGAAUCGGAAUGAGUUCAACAUCCCACCCGCGUCAACAGCCCAACGAGUUCAAAAGAGAGUAGCUUUGAUGGAAAUCGAUGAGUGGGUGGAUCCAAACGAGACACCAAAAGCUGCAGAGGCUGAUGUCACUUUACCAUCCGAGGCGAUGGAUCAGCUGGUUCUCCCAACCCAAAUGAAGUCGUCACACUUCUGGUCAAAUGUCAACGACAUCUGGGGACAAGCCGGAAACAAACCAUCCACCUCAUUCCGCCUCCCAAUGUACCCAUCAGAAAUGGAGACGUCAGAGAAUGUUGAGAGUGUUUCUGGAAACGAUGCGGAGACCUUUGAUUUUUUAAACAUUGUUCCUGAUGAGGAGACCCCAAAAGCCUCUUCUCUCAGCGAAUUCAACUUCCCAGAAUCUCUUGCCUCAUCCAAGAAGGCCAAUUCCACUGGAAGUGGCUAUUCUUCCUCGGAUAGCGACACUUCAAUAAUCGGCACUGAAGAAGUGACGACGACGCCAAAGACUUUUGGUCUCAACCAAAUACUUUGCCCUUCCCUUGAUUUGCAUCUCCUGUAA